AUGAAGACGACACUCGCUCUGCUCCUAAUCAUGGAGCUCUACGGACGCUCCUCCGGUCUCAUUAAACAUCAUUUCUUUGUGAAAGAGGAGAGGACAUGGGAUUCUGCAAAUGACUACUGCAAAACUUACUUUCAUGACCUCUCCACCUUCACCAAUGAGAGCGAGGAACAGCAGUUUUUGGAAGAUGCAGCUCAUCAGCCUUCUGAUGCCUGGGUUGGACUCUACACAGAAUCAGGAGUCUGGAAGUGGUCAGGAGAUGAAAAUGCAACACACAUUAGCUGGGAUAUAAGUCAGCUAGGAAUAAAUUAUAGCUGUGCUUUUCUAUGCAAACUCCAUAAGACACUACAUGAUGCAGAAUGCACUGCUAAAUAUGCCUUCUUCUGUAUGACCGUAUCAGAGUUUCUUCUGGUGCGUCAGAAAGAGACCUGGGAAGGAGCUCUGGAAUACUGCAGGAGUCAUUAUAAUGAUCUGGCAAGUCUGAGCACAGCGGACAAGAUGAAUUCUGCUUUACUGGAAAUCACACAGGCUGAAUAUGUGUGGACUGGUCUGCGCUUUCUAGCAGGGGACUGGUUCUGGGUCAGUGGAGAUGAUCUUGACUACACAGCCUGGUAUCAGAAUGAACAGCCCCAGUGUCCUGACAGAGACCUUCGUUGUGGAGCCCUGGACAUGCAAACAAAGCUUUGGACACACAGAAACUGUGAGGAGAAGCUCAGCUUUGUUUGUCAGUAG